AUGUCGACUCAGGCGCCUAGACUGUACCGAUCCGAUGUUGUCCACCGCAAGCAGGGCCAAAACCAUGACUGCAAAGUUGGCAUGGUCUCGAGGUGCUACCUCGAUGAAAGCGAGGCCGAUCCACUCAGCUUUUCCAAGGAGGGUCUAGACCGGCAGCUCAAGGCGGACGAAUAUGGCGUACUCUGGUAUCCUUCAGGAAAGAGGGAGAUCGUUUCCGCCAAUGAGCUCGAGCUCGUCGAUCGUGUCUUUGCUGUGGGCUCGACUUGCAAGCGUUCACUUGCCGACGCAAACUCGGGCGUCGUCACGGCUACCUCGAACACGCUCAAAUUGCAGCAUCUCUUCAGCCGAGAAGAGAUUGAGCAGACCGUGCCAGCAGACGACGUUGUCAAGAGCAACUAUCUCAACCAUGGCGACCUUGUCAUUGCCAACGACUGGAUCGGAGAGAUCGACGGUGUAGUUGAGGAAGCCCUGAUCGGCAAUUCAGACAAUGAUCGUCUCGUCCGCGCCUGCGAGAUGGGCGGGCGUCUGCUGCUCGGUCACAUGUCUCAGGAAGACUUGCAAGCAAAUCAUCUUGACAUAAGCUUUGCUCAACUAGCCAUCCGGGAUGCAUUCAUCAUCGACAUCAAGCCCACAGUUCUAUACAUCAACUGGCUUGCACUCAACCAGAAGCUCAGUCCAGAAGAGCAAGCCGCGCGACCCAAGCCGCCAGCAUUAUGGACCGACUACAGCAAGCUCACCUUGGUCAAGGCCUUCUCAGAACGCAACCACGAAAUUGGAGAUCGCGUCGCCUUCCGUACACAAGAGCUCAAGGACAAGUACGGCGCCAAGAUUACCUACCACGGACGUCGACGGCUUCCUGUCGAUGUAAUGCUCGUUAUCGGCACAAAGACGGAACUCGAAGUGCUUUGGCAAGACGGCUCGCGCACCAAAGAGCUCGCCAGCAAGAUGAUUCCGCAUGUCAACCUCGACGAGCACGAGUCGUGGCCAGGCGACUGGGUCUACUGGAAGUCGGAAGGCCGUGGCAGCGUCCCCCGGAUCGUUCAGAGCAUGGACCCGCUCGAACGUACAGCGGAACUGCGCACACCCUGGUCCGAGCCUGCCGAGAUUGAGCUGGUCCCCGCGCUCGAAAUCGAUGUCCAGGGAGCCGACCACAGCGUCUUUAGCCUGCACCGUGGCGAUUCGGUCAUGAUCUCGAAACGUCCCACUGGAUGCAAAGGCCCCUUUAUCACCACGGUCGGCGAUCCACGCCCAGACUACGAUGAUCUCAAAAUGCACGAUGAGCUCAUGAAUGCCGAAAUGACCAUCGUCGCCUUUCAAGAUCCCAGCGACAAGAAGCUAAGACCUGGCUCGGAAGCUACCGAGAUCGACUGGUACGGUAUCGUCGAAGAACUGCUUCUCGACGGCACAUGCCGCAUUCGACUUCCUUGUGGGAAAAGGGUGUUUGAGAAAUUGGAAAGCUUGCAGAUCUUGUCGGAUUCGAGCUUUGGCAUGCAUGAGCACGCCAUUAUGGACGAACAAGACGCGCACGACCCAUGGGACACGGACUCGUACGGCGACGAAAUGUAUGACGACGGGUACGACGAUCACUACGAUUCGGCCGAAGACGCCAUGUGGGUCGACCAGGACGGGCAGGUAGUGGCCAACUCAAGGGAUGACUGGGAAGACAUGUCGGAUGGUGUACCCGAGGUGGCCGAGAUUCAUGUCGACGAGCCCAAAAAAGUCGAGAGAAACGAGGCAGAGGAGGGAUCGAACGCGGCUCGUGCAGCAAUUGCGUCAAACGAGACUUGUGAAAAGACGAUGGAAGCCAUCGUUGCCUCUGGCAAUGCAUCAGGCUCCGAGGAACCCGCUGCGCCUACUGAACUGGUAACGGCAAGCAGCGCCAGCGAGUGGAACCAAUUCGCCAUUCUCGAGUGCGCGCCGACGUCGCACGCAUUCCACUCAAACCCCCUGACCACACAGCCAGGCGCUGCGUUCUUCAAACGACUACAAAAGGAGAUGAAGGUGCUUCAAACUUCGCUUCCCGACACGAUCCUGGUUCGAGCGUAUGAGGACCGCUCGGACCUUCUGCGUGUCCUUAUGAUCGGCUCGGAAGGCACGCCUUAUGAGAACGCGCCUUUCCUGCUCGACUUGCAGCUCAAAGCUGACUUUCCCAAUAGUCCACCUGUGGCGCACUUCCACUCGUGGACGUAUGGUCACGGACGCGUGUCGCCGAAUCUGUACGAAGACGGCAAAGUAUGUCUCUCGAUUCUGGGAACAUGGUCUGGUGUAGCAGAGGAAAACUGGACGCCCAGCAAGAGCUCGCUGCUUCAGGUGUUGGUCUCGAUCCAGGCGCUUGUUCUGGUUCGAGAACCGUACUUCACCGAGCCGGCGUACGAAAAGUUGAAAGGCAAGGAGGAAAGUAAGUUGGCCUCCAGGAUGUACAAUGAAAAGGCAUACAUUCUGUCGAGGGGAUUUGUGAAAAAAGUGUUGGAGUCUAGGCCGGCAGGAUUCGAGGACGAGGUAGAGCUGUUCUACCUGCGAAGCGGGAAGCUGAGAAACGUGGUGGAGAGCGCCGAGCGCUUGUUGCAGACGGAUGGCAGGGCAGUCGGUCCAAGCGGCCACGAUGCCGAACAACCGGUGCACGCUUUGACCAAAGGCGGUGGCAUCAUGUUGGCCAGGACGCUCAACAGUUUGAGGACAACUCUGGAUUCUUAUCAGACCAACACGCGCGCGUAG